AAUAAUUAGAGGGUGAGAGGAAAAACUAAGGAACAACGGUCCAAUGAAAUUGCUAAAGUGUGACAAAAUAGUUGAUAAUACUAAGCGUGAAAGCGGUUUUAAGCUACUAUCAAAUGAGCUAAUCCAUACCGGAAAAGUUUUUCAAACAAUGAAGAAGGCUGGGAACAUAGAGCCAGCCAAUCUGCGUAGAGAUGUGGUUAUGAGCCUCAGCCCAACAAAGCCGUGUUUCUGUUCUUUUGCAAUUGUUAUUCCCAGUUCAGGCCACCUUCAGUAUUUUCUUUUCUUGAUUAUUUUCUUCUUUUCUUGAGCAUAAUUACUUUUUUUAUUCUUGCUUGAAUGGUUUUAUUUGUUUUUGUUUUUGUUUUCAGUCCAAAGUUUUCCAGUCAGUCGUAGUUUAAAGAUUUUAAUAAAUCUUCUGGGCAGGAGUCGAUUUUUUUUUUCAAUAAAGAAAAUGGUUUUUUUUUGGUUGUGACAUAUUUCUAGUGCUGAUUUUGUCCAAUACAUGUUUGACAACGUUAAUUAAAAGUCAAGAGAACUGGUCUGAUGUAAAGCAUAAUAUGAUGGCUGUUAAGUUUUUAAAGCAUGAAUCUUUUGUUGUAAUCCCUCCAAAGUUUGAUGAAUAUAUCUUGUAUUGUUGAAGGUUUGGUGAUUCUUAUGUUUGUGUCUCUGUUGAUUGAUGUCCAUAGAUGACCAAAAUUUAAAUGAUGCUUUUUUUGGUGAAAAUGAUAUAUUGGGAUUCAGAUCUUAACUCUAACACUUUGUAUGCUUGAUCUGCCAAUGCUUAAGAUUGUAUCCUGCUUUACUGAUCUGAUCCUUUAUAUCAUCGAUCUGCUGCAACAAAAUGGGAUUUUUGAGUGUUUAUUGGCAGGUUCAAGCUCGGGAGACUCUUGAAACAUGAAGUUUAAAAAAGGGAAUCUGGUGGAGGUUGUAAGAAGAGAACACGAGUCAUGUGGCUCAUGGUUUCCCGCCAGUGUAGUUUCAGCCCGUGGCAAUUAUUGUAAGAUUAGGUAUGAAUCACUUUCAGACAACAACGGAGAGCCAGUCAUGGAGAAGGUGCACAAGGAGGAUGUCAGGCCUCAGCCUCCUCAUAAAAAGAGGAAAAGAUGGAUUGUUGGUGAUGCUGCUGAGAUAUUUGAUUUUCAAUGUUGGAGAGAAGGUAAAAUUGCGAAGGUGUUGAAGAAUAACCUUUUUGUUGUGAGACUGUUUGGGUCCAUCCAACUUAAAGAAUUUCAUGAAUCGAAUAUAAGGAUUCAGCAGGCCUGGCGUAGCAAUAAUUGGUCGGUGAUAGGGAAGGUUGCCCACAAUAAAGAAUAUACCAAAAAUUGUACAGGAAAUAAGCCAAAGCCAUGCUUACGAGAGAAAGAUGGACAGAAACACCUCAAGGAUGGACACAAUAACAUCAAAAAGGGUCUUGACCAUCAGCAUCUCGAAAGAUCUUCCAAGGACCUGAUUUCUUGUGUGGGAGGAUGUCACAAGCAACUUGCGAGGAAUCUUCCUUUGUUUAAGCGGGAAGACAGCAUAUCUGCAGAAAAAUUAAGAGUGGAUGAGAAAUUUAAGGGAUCUAGCGAGAUGAAUGCCAAGGUGGUAAAAGCAACUACUGAGUGGUUAUUUACUUCUCCCAAGCCUCGUUUGACUGAAGAUAGCAACCUUAUAAGUUCUGUUGCUAGUUGUAGAUCCAAUGGCUCUGUGUAUUCCUCCAGUCAUAAAUUCCAAAAACCAUUGGAUAAUACAUCCCACAACUCAGAUGCCGAAUCAUCAUUUCUUUCCUUUUCUGUCAUCAAGCGUUUAACUCCUUGUUUUGAACAAAAGCAAGGUGCUGAAAUCCAUGAACUAGAGUUUCACGCUUAUAGGUCCACUGUGCAGGCAUUGUAUGCUUCAGGUCCUUUAAGUUGGGAGCAAGAGUCGCUUCUGACAAAUCUUCGCCUGUCCCUUAAUAUUUCAGAUGAGGAACAUCUACUCCAUGUGAGGCAGUUAUUGUCUACCCAAGUCCUGUAAUCUUCUUCUUCCCCUAGAAUUCUUUCUUUGUAUGUCUACCCAUAGAUAACUCUGAGAUUGGUUCCUGUGGAUGUCAAACUACUUGUAGUUUGGGAUUGUGGUGGUGAUUGUUUUUUUUUUGGAAAUGUAUUAAAAUAAUUUUUUUUUUA